AUGGAGCAUCUUCGGGUUCCGUCGCCGCCAUGCUACUCCCAGCGGAAAUACCCUCAACAUUGUGAUCAAAACACGCUCUCUGCCCCCCCCUCAAUUCCCAGUGAAGAGCAAGCAAGAUUGAACGACCAAAAGGAGAAAAGUAGCACUGGGUCGUCAACACCACCCCUCCCUUCUGUCCCAGUCCAAUUUGCCCACGAAACUCCGAAGAAAGACAAUAUUUCCUGGAAACCUCUCCAUCCAGCCUUGCGAUCCGCUGAGCCUAGAAGAUCAAGUUCACUCAAGAGGCCCAAAGCUGCACGACCACGACCACCGCCCGUCGAUCUUUCAUCACCUCUCCAUCGUGGGCGAGGCCUACCGACUUCGUCUCCUCCAGCUAAACUGUACCCGACGGCCUCUUCUUCAGCUGGCGUCAGUACUCUUUCAACUACACACCAUCAAUCGCCGGAAUAUCCCUACUCUACUUUCAAUGGUGGGCAAAGCUCAUCAAGCUUGCCUCCCUUGGCUCAAGUGUGCCCACUCACGCCUACCACCUCUUCAUCCGCGGACGGUGACCCUCUUCCAAGCUCGGACGCGGAACCAGCUUUGGUUUCUGUGUCUCAGACGGAGACUAAGACGAGAGAGAGCGAUGAUGAUGUAGAGGAGCAGCCAUUGCUUGCUGGUGAUGACACUGGGACUGAAUGGAGCUAUGUUUCUAAGACGGAGACUCGAGGUCAUGAAACGAUGAUUUGA